GCUCCAAGCCAACUCGGUGAACAAGGCAAUUGAUUGGUUUGCUUGCCUUGUUGCAACGGGCCUGUAAGUGUAUGACGUUUCUAUAUGAAAUUUUAACUCAUCGUUUUCUCUCUUCACAAAAUCAAAUCACUAUGUCCUUGGCACACCCUCAUUUACUUUCCAUUCACUACAUUUGAUCCAAAUUGGUUAAAAAGCAUUUGAGUUGUUUUGUUCACACGUGGACAGGUGGACACACAGGACAGAAAAUGAUAUCCUUGCACACACGGUCACUGCACGCAGCUGUAAAUCCCACAUUUAACUCUGCAGUUGCAUUGACAUUACAAGACACUAUAUCUAGUCAGUUACUCAAAAACCAAUGCAGAUGACACCUUGAUGAAAAAGCUGGUGUGUUGUAUGAUAGUCCACAAAUAAAGUGUCCUUGAAAUCCCAGUGGAGUGCUCUAAAUGUUGUUCUAGUUAUCACGUUGCAGAGAGCUGUCAGCUUUUGCCUCCUCAUAUGAAUCCUGAUGCUUAAUGUGUUAUUUGAAAUGAAUUCUAACAAUAUUCCUCUUUUGCUCACAGAUAUGAGGAAGCUUUGGCUCAAGGCAGGAAUUUUAGGUUCGGUGACUGUGGCUUUUGGCUCAUUCCUGUGGUCAAAGAAAAAGGCCAGAUUUACUCAGGUUUCGUCCAGUUGCCCUUCUGUUGACACAAAUCCCAGCUCUCCCUAUGAGCUGAAAUUGGUCCAAGUCCUCUUCCGUCAUGGGGCUCGAACACCGCUGAAGACUAUACCUGAUGUGAUACAGGCCCAGUGGGUUCCGACUCUCUUGGAGCCCCCAGCACAUACCCACAUGAAGUAUGUGGUGACAGACCUGAAUGGUGGCCCCAGACCUCCAGCGGCUCUGGAAGACAGCUACCGCAAAAACACACUAAGCGGCGGCACGUUUUCGGGUCAGCUGACCGCAUUGGGCAUGCAGCAGCUAUAUGAACUGGGCAUGAUGCUGAGGACAAGAUAUGUAACUGAAAUCCCCUUCCUCAGCACCAACUUUAGCACGUCUGAGGUCUACGUGCGUUCCACUAACAUUGAGAGGACCAUUGACUCUGCAAAAUGCCUGAUAGCAGGAUUGUUCCAGCAAAAACAAAGUGAAACUGUACCAAUAUUAACCACGGAGGCAAACUCUGAAAUCCUCUAUCCUAACAUGGAUGGAUGCAAGCUGCUCCACCAGCUUAUUGGCCAUCGCUGGGCAGCGGCAUCCACUCUGUCCGACAUUCAGUCGGACCUGCAGAGCAUCCAGAAAGCACUGGGCAUCACUGCUCACCCACACGUCGACUUCACGCUCAUCAGGGACGACAUGGUUGCCAGAAAGACCCACGGCCUGCCGUGCCCUGAAGUGCUGGACACCUGGAGAGAGACCGUGGAACAGAGAGCUGUUGACAUGACCUGCUACAUCUUUGAACUCAGCAACAGGAAAGUCCUACAGCUGAGUGUGGGUCCACUUCUGGAUAUACUGCGAGUCAACAUAGAGGAGAAACUCCAGGGGGCUUCAUCACAACCAAAUAGGAAGCUGUUCUUGUACUCCGUCCACGACACCACUUUGAUUCCAUGCCUCAUGGCUAUGGGUGUUUUUGACAUGAGAUGGCCACCAUAUGCUGCUGACCUCACUGUGGAGCUUCACCAGCACCAGCAGACCCGCGAGGCCUUCGUUAAAGUGUCCUACAUGGGCCAGGAUCAAAUUCUUCCCGGCUGCAGUGGAAUCUACUGCCCUCUACAGGAGUUUAAACAGGUUCUUUCGCAGUACACGGUGACCCUUGAAAACUACCGAUCACUUUGUGACAGUACAGAGGGUUCCAGUAAACUCUGAAACGCC